CGAUAAAAGAAAAUUAUAUGUCAACAAUACAAGAAAAUAAACUAAAAUUACUUACGUUAUGAGCAGUUGAUAGCGACAAUAAGAAAGAUGGCCUCUGGUGAUGCUGCUCGGCCUCCUGACAAUGUGGCGUUGCCGGCAAAUUUUGAUGCCAGUUACUUAGCCAACUUCAUGCAGCGGAAGGACAGCGUAGACUCGACUAAUAGUAUGCCAGGUUCUUCCAUGAUGGAGGAGGAGUACAAGUUUACAGAAGUGUCCCACCCUGCCCAAGUCCUGACAGGCCUCAACCAUCUGCGCAACUCGCAACAGUUCUGUGAUAUAGUGCUGCUUGCUGGAGGUCAGGAGUUCAACUGCCACAAAAUAGUGCUUGCUUCAUUUAGUCCUUAUUUCCAUGCCAUGUUUACUGGAAAUCUUGCAGAGAGCACUCAGGAUAGAGUAACCAUUAAUGACUUAGAGGCAUCUGUAAUGGAGUUAUUAGUAAAUUAUGGUUACACAUCAGAAAUACUAAUAAACAGACAAAAUGUUCAAGCACUUUUGUCAGCAUCUAAUCUCUUAGAAAUUUUACCAGUAAAGGAGGCUUGUGGUCAAUACCUUGAACAGAAUAUGGAUGAAACUAACUGCAUUGGUAUACACUGUUUUGCUGAAGCUCAUGCAUGCUGUGAAUUACAGCAAAAAUCUAAAGACUACAUUCUAGAACAUUUUACGUCAGUAAGUCUACAAGAGGAGUAUCUCCAGCUUAACAAAGAAAAGCUUAUUGAAUUUUUAAAAGAUGAGAAUCUAAAUGUUGACAAUGAAGAGAGUGUGUUUCAGUCAGCAGUGCGUUGGUUAGAUUACGACAGUGAGGGUAGGAAGGGAGACUUUGAUAAAGUGUUAGAGAAUGUUCGAUUGCCACUGAUGAGCCCAUACUUCCUAUUUGAUGUGGUGGAGAAGCAGGAGAUUGUCAACACUUCAGACAGGUGUAAGUAUCUUGUGGAUGAGGCAAAGACAUUCCAGCUACUACGGGACAGACAUGCUGAGCUCCAGUCUCCACGAACACAGCUCAGGCGGUCUUUUGGUUACAAGGAGGUAAUAAUCUGUGUUGGUGGAGAGGAUGACAAGGUUGUACUCCGGAGCGUGGAGAUGUUUGAUACUGGUCUGUGUCGCUGGACGCCCCUCGCUUGUCUGCCAUUCGCCAUCAGUAAACAUGGCAUGGUUGCUUCAGGAGACUAUAUUUACCUAGCGGGUGGGGAAUUCCCAGACGGUUCAGCAAGUCGCAGCAUGUGGCGGUUUGAUCAAAACCUCGACUCCUGGCUGGAAAUGGUCCCCAUGAACAUGGCCAGGUCCGAACUUGGUCUUGCGAUGCUGGAUGGUCACGUGUAUGCUAUUGGAGGUUGGGAUGGGUCUAGCCGGCUGGACUCUGUAGAGAAGUACAACCCGGAACAAAACAUGUGGGUGUUCAUACCACCCAUGAAGAUUGCACUCACCAGCCCGGCAGUGGUCUCCAUGAAGGGGAUGCUCUAUGUCACUGGAGGAGCAGUGUUGGAAGAUGGUGAUGGUAUAGACCUGGUACAGUGCUAUAACCCCCGUACAGAUAUGUGGAUAGACCGACCCAACAUGCAGAUACCUCGCUCUGGCAGUGCUUCUUGUGUCCUUGAUGGACUCAUCUAUGUUAUAGGGGGCUGGCACGCGUCCACAGAGAACACAAACAAGGUUGAGUGUUACGAUCCGGAGAGAAACGAGUGGGGCCAACGAGCCCCGAUGAUUGAGAGGCGGUACCGGCCGGGGGUCGCCAUUGUCAAUAAGAAAAUCUAUGUGUGCGGCGGAGAGGAGGGAUGGGACAGGUAUCAUGACACAAUAGAAUGUUACGAUCCUGUGCGGGACACGUGGGAGAUUGUAGGAGAAAUGCUGACCAGUCGGAGCUGGCUCAGCUGUGUGGCCAUCACCAUACGUAAAGAUAUGAACAAUGCAGAGUGCCAUAACAAGUGUGAGUGCUCCGUCUGAUGGUGGAACACUGACAAUGUCUGCUACAUAGUUCACCUGUACAUGUAUAACUGACUUCCUUUACAUGAACAUUGCCAGGAGUUUGAGUGCUCCAUCUGAGAGUAUUGUAUUGCCAAUGUCCCGUUGAUAAGGCAAAUGUCAGUUUGCAAGGCUAACUUACUUCAACAUUACAAAUAUCCCAUGCACAUAUGUCUACCAGACAAACAUACUGUAAGAUUGCCAAGAGUGUAACUUACAUGUACAUUUGUGAGGACCAACCACUGCCAAAGACAAUUAUUUAGAGGCUUUCAUGAUAUUUGAGUUGUAUACCAGAAUCCCAAUUAUAACCAGACUUAUA